AUGACUUCGCAAUCCUCUGCCCCGCGCAGUUCGUCGGGAUCGACCAGGUCACAUUCUUCAAGAAGUGCAGUGCCGAACGGACAAAUAUCCCAAAUCGAAAAAAGCGUUACGCAUUUGCUUGUAGCGACAAAACAGUUACUAGAGACAUUAACGCAAUGGUCUCGCCGCCAGGUUUCCGAGAACGAGGUGUCGGACGUCUACGUGCGAUUGGGAUAUGAAUUCAAUCUCGCCUGCCGCGCCUUUUCCGCUAUUGGGGUCGACACUUCAGAUCUGGGUCCCGUCCCCGAUCUUCUGCGUACGAUACUUGAAGAUACCUUGAGUCAAGAUGCGUCGCCGCAAAGCUUGGAUAUCUUCCUCCCUCGGAUUCGUGAUAUCAUCAUCAAUCUACUCCACGGCCUAAAGAGGAAACAGGCACGCCUGCGAUCACGACAGCAAAAGGAAGACGGUAAGCCGCUACCCGGUCGCCAGGCAAGUGCGGGUAGUUUGGCAAACGAAAUUAUGCCACCGUAUGAAGACACUCCUCCUGCAGCUACCUCUCCGAGACGCCCUGGCCGUGCCCGUUACGGCAGCAAUGGGUCUCUGGAAGAUAAACCGCAGGCGGCAUCUCGAUCCUCUCCCGAUAUCAAAUCAGGAAGUUAUGCGGAUCGGGAGGCAUCCCGGCGGGAAGCGCAGAACGCGCUCACUCAGCCACCACAAAAAGAUAGCGAGAUAAGUUCGAAGGAGUCGAUGUUACCGCCCAAUCUCGCCGCAGGAUACCCCCCUCCACCGCCACCACCACCCAAACAGGACGACGCCAUAGGUGCCCUACAGCGCAGUGGGGAGCUAGAACGUCGUGCAUCUCGGCGAUUCUCUGCCUACCAAAUACAAAAACAUCUAGGAGCACCUUCAAACGGAGUCCCUGUUAUCCCAACCCAGAAUUCCCCUAUCCCCAAUCGGGGCCGUGAUGUUCGAGAAUCGCUCAACGCUGUGCGUCUACGCGGAUCAUAUGCCCACAAACGACAGCGUUCGACGAACAGAUCCCAUGGGAACAUUGAUGCCAAGGCUGCUCAGCAACAACAGCAGCAACAACCACCUUCAACUAGUCAUCCUCCGGAUGAAGAUCCCGUGAAGCCCCAGGUUGAAGCCCAACCUGAGCCUCCUGUGGAUGACAUUUCCUCAAACGAGAAUGAGCCUCGCUUGGAAAAAGGUGAGCUGAAUGGCGCCCCAGAAAACCCACCAGUAUUGCCCCCAACUCCGCAGGAGCCGAGCCUCGCGGACGCAUUCGAACCGGCCAAGGACGCUGGACCUCGUACGGAUCAGGGUCCGGAAACGCCUAAAUCAGCGCAUCGACAACAAACGAGUGUCGUUUCAACUCCACCUCAAGCUACACCGUUUUCACCCGAUCAACCGUCACCCGGCAAGGAACUCACCUUGUUUCUACAAUACAGGAGCAAGAUUAAGAAAUACGUACUGCCAGAAGGAUCAACUGGAUUGACGAUUGGGAGACUUCAGCUAGCCUUCAUAGAGAAGUUCGCGUGGAAUACACACAACAACGGUGCCGAUCUACCGGAGAUCUAUAUUCAAGAUCCUAUUUCGGGCAUCAGACAUGAGCUGGAGGAUCUGGUCGAUGUAAAAGAUCGCUCGGUACUUGUUUUAAAUGUUGACGCCCUCGAUGAAGUUAAGAGACACUUUGAUGACGAAUUUGGCGGGGUUCGGCGGCUACUUGAAGGUGUGAAGGGGGCACUAGAUGGACAAGGGAACAUGAUGCAACGCGUCUCAGAUCGGCAAUUAGAGGCUGUCAAAGAAAUUACUCGCAUUGCAGCCGCACCUUCCACAUCAUCAAGUGCUCCUGCCGUCGGAGAGACGCGACGAGCUCCCGUUUCCGGAAGUACGAGUCAGAUGGCGGAACUUUCAAGCUUGCGGCGCGAUCUUGCCGUACUCCGACAAACAUACACCGACUUCUCUGCAGAUAUUGCGAGCUCGAUGGGUGCGAUACGAUCCAAGGCUGAUGGUGUCAAAUCUUCAGCCGCCGACGCAUCCGUCCCGUCGUUUGAGGGUGAUGCCGGUCGCGUGCGGAUUAACUCUGGCAAGAAGGAGCUUGCUGAAGAGUCUGAGCGGCUCGUUGCACAUGUUGAUGAUCUUCAGGACCUUAUCGAGGAUCUGCGGAAAGAUGUGGUUGCUCGAGGCGUUCGACCCCUCCCAAGACAACUCGAAACUGUGGGCAAGGAUGUCAGUGCUGUUACCAAGGAGAUCAAGAAGAUGCAAGAUUUCCUCAAGCGGGAGAAGCCGAUCUGGACCAAGAUUUGGGAGAAGGAGCUUCAACUUGUUUGCGAGGAACGUGAUCAACUCACCAUGCAAGAGGAUCUGGCAGCUGAUCUGCAAGAUGAUCUAGAAAAGGCAGCCCAGACAUUUGCCCUGGUCGAGCAAGCAACCAAGCAGCAGGCCAUGCAAAACACCGAAGGCGGCCCUACGCUGCGGAACACUUCGCGCAAUGUGGUGAUUGAUCCCGCAGUUGACCCCGUCAAAGCAAAGGACGGUGUUUUGGGCGAAGUUCGUGCGCUGCAGCCAAACCACGAAUCUCGCCUGGAGGCCAUUGAAAGAGCAGAGAAGACCCGGAAGAAGGAGUUGGAGAACCGUCGUGCCAAUCUUUUCCAAAAGGAACUGGGCAACUUUGUGCAGGAGGGGAAGCUGAAAAAGAGCGGCGGUGUUGAAGAAACCGAACGGCUUCGCCGGGCUAAAGAUGAGCGCAACCGCAAGGAAGUCUGGAAUAUAGCCCAAGCUCGUGCAGCUGAGAUUGACAAGGCAGAAGCGGAAGCAGCUGCCGCGGCAUCCACCGCAGAACCAUCCGACGAUGCUUCACCUAAAGACACUGAAGAACCGAGAUCUCCGAAGGGGAAGGCCCCAGCCUCCGACGAUGACAAUGCUGACGAAGAGAAGAAGAAGGAAGAAGUCCCGGCAGACAACCAGAAAACGGAGUCGGAUAAUUAA